AUGUCUUCAAUUAAACAUAAUGAAUUUGAGCUUGAUCUUGUUGAAUCUAAUACUGAAAUCAAGGCCCAGUCACUUACAUCUAUUACAUCCAGCAGUAAUAACAGUAAUAAUCCAGCUUUUUUUAGAAAACAAAUGACUUUGCGAAGUAAACUUUUUUAUGAAAAACUUUUUGAGAAAAAAGAUCUUUCACCAGAACAUCUAAAUGCACAAACACAUCAUAAAGUUUAUUAUCCAAAUAAUGAUCCAAGAAAGAAUGAUGAACCUUUAAAGUUUACACAAUCUGCAUUCAGAGAGUUAAUUACUAAAUGGAUAGUUCUUGAUAGUUUGCUAUUUAUAACUACUGAAAGUAAACAUUUUCAACAAAUAAUUAAGUUAUUAAAUCCAAAUGCACAUGUUCCUAUAGGCGAUACAGUAAAAAAUGAUAUUAUGAGUAACUUUGAAAAUAAGCAUAUGAAUAUGAAAUGUUUGCUUCAAAAUGUUUUAGAAAAGCUUUUAUUCACAAUUGAUACAUGGAUGUUAGUGAAUAUUGAUUCAUUUUUCAGCAUCACAGUGCAUUGGAUUUCAGAAAAUUGGGAGCUUAAAAAUACUUUAUUAGAUUUUAUUAACCUUUGUAGUCCUUACUCUGGAGAAAAUUUAUGUAACACAUUUGUAGAAAGCUGUUGCAAAUUUGGAUUUUUAACAAAGGUUUUUGCAAUCACAAGUGACAAUGUUACAAGUAAUGAUACUUUUAUGAAACAUUUAGAACAUGUUCAAGCUGCUGCAUUAGAAAUGUGUGAGGCAUUAGAUGCAACUGCAAGCUUAGAUAAUGAUCUCAAAUUAUUACAGCUUAAUAAUAACAAAUGGAUUAAAAUUAAAGAAGAAAAUGAUAUUAAUGAUAAUAAUUCUCUUUUGGAUUAUAUUUAUGGAAAUAGAAAAAGGCACAAGGUUGAACAGCAAAAUGAAGUUGAAUUAUAUCUGAGUACUUCACAAGCAAACAGAAAACAAGAAGUUCUUAAAUAG